AUGGGCGACCACGACGCGCUCGUCAAGGCGAUCGGCGACGGGGCCGACGUGGACACGGUGGACGGCAAGACGAUGGCGCCGCUGCACUGGGCGGCCAAGUGCGGCCGGCACGAGGACAUCGUGGCGCUGGUCGGCGCGGGCGCCGACGUCAACAAGACGACCAAGGCGGGUGUGACGCCGCUCAUCUACGCGGCGUCGGAGGGGUGGGACGACUGCGUGCCGCUCCUGCUCUCGUCGGGGGCCGACGCGUCGCUCAAGACGCAAAAGGGUCGGACGGCACUCGACGCGGCGCGCGAGAAGCUGGGCAAGGUGGAGGCGGACGAGAGGCCCCGCUUCAGCAAGGUGGUCGAGCAGCUCUCCGCCGUCGCCGCCUCCGACCUUGCGACCGCAUCGCCUGCCACUGCCGCCACUCCCACGGCACCGGCGGCGCCGGCUGCCGCGCCCGCGUUGGCGGGGCUCGCGACCUUCAGCUUUGCCGCGCCCACCAAGUUCGAGCGCUCGCCGAGCGGCACGACAGACGUGCCCAGCUUCAGCUUCACUCCGUCCGCUCCGGCGCCAGCGCCGGCGGCCUCCUCGGGCUUUGCAUUUGGGAAAGCGUCCGCCCUCGGCAGCGGCCCUGCCCUGCCCCCAAGCCCAGCGACGCCCUUCGGCACCGCCUUCGGCAGCACGGGUGGGACGGCCUUUGGCGGCUCCUCAGCGGGCGGCGGAUUUGCGGGCCUUGCAGCGAGCGGCGGCGGCGGAUUUGCGGGCCUUGCAGCGAGCAGCGGCGGCGGCUUCGCAAAGGCGCCCGCCCCCUCGUUUGGGAGUGGGGGCAGCGCCUUCUCGUUUGCUUCGGCCGCGCCCGAUCUCAAGGGAGGGUUCAAGGCGGCGCUGACGCCUCCGGCAAGCAGCAGUGGCACGCCGCAGAGUGGCCGAACUGGGGGGGCGGCCCGCACCGCCCGCAGCGCCGCCGCCGAUUCAGACGACUCGGACGAGGAGGAGGGGGAUGAGGAUGCCGACGACGGAGAGCUGACGCCCACUCCCUCCGAGGACGAGGCGGAGAUCAAGGCGACGGCGGCAUCGCUAGCUUCCGUCGCGAGCCUGCCGAGCGGCUGCUCGCCGCACACGCGCCUGCCCAACUCAACUCCCUCCUUCGGCUCCGCGUUUGGCGGCGGGUCUCCGGCAGCGCCUGCUGCUUCGCCCGGCCGCGCCCCCGCCGCCACGCCCGCCGGUAGCACCGAGGCGGCCAGCCCCGCGGCGUUUAAGCUGCUCGAGGCGGCCGCGCGCGGCGAUGUCGCUGCCAUGCGCGACGCCCUCGAGGAGGGCGCCAACGUCGAAACCAUUGGCGAAGGCGGCAACACCGCGCUGCAUUGGGCGGCGCGGGACGGCCGGCCAGAGUGCGUCAAGCUGCUGCUCGAGGCCAAGGCGUCCCCGGGCACGCGCAACGCGCUCGGGGUGACACCGCUGAUGGCCUCGUCGGCGAAUGGGUGGGACGAUUGCGUCGAGCUCCUCCUCGGCUUCGGCGCCGACAUGGCGGCCCAGACGCCGAAGGGGCGUCUCGCGCGCGACUUUGCGGCGGACGGGCUUCGCCAGGCGCCGGCCGAGGCACAGCCCCGCUUCAAGCUGGUCCUCGAGCACCUCGGGGAGAUCUCGACACCCGCCGCCGCGCCCGCGCCCGCCGCGGCUGCGUUUGGGAGCGGGAGCAGCGUGCCAACGUUUGGCGCCGCCGUGGCGCCGAGCGCGGCUGGCAGCUUUGGUGCCGGCGCCAAGGCGACGACGCCGUUUGGCGGUGGCGGCGGCGGCAGCUUCACUUUCGGAGGGGCCGCAGCGCCUUCCGCGCCUUCCUUCUCCUUCGCCCCACAGGCGUCCGCUCCGACGCCGGCCGCCGCCGCCCCAUUCACUUUCACGCCAAAGUCUUCGCUCGCCGAUUCAGUGCCCGCGCCCGCGCCCGCCGCGCCGUUCAGCUUCGCCAAGCCUCCGACAGCGUCGCCUUUCUCCUUCGCGGCUGCGGCGGCGCCGUCCGCCCCGGCUCCAGCCGCGCCGGCGCCGGCGCCGGCUGUUCCCUUCUCCUUCGCCCCCCAGAACCCGGCGCCGCCGGCCGGGGCCCCGCCCGCCGCCGCCAAGGCUGCCGCGCCCAGCGCGGCCGCGUCGGAGGACCUGAUCAACGCGGCCGAGAUGGGCGACCACGACGCGCUCGUCAAGGCGAUCGGCGACGGGGCCGACGUGGACACGGUGGACGUCAAGACGAUGGCGCCGCUGCACUGGGCGGCCAAGUGCGGCCGGCACGAGGACAUCGUGGCGCUGGUCGGCGCGGGCGCCGACGUCAACAAGACGACCAAGGCGGGUGUGACGCCGCUCAUCUACGCGGCGUCGGAGGGGUGGGACGACUGCGUGCCGCUCCUGCUCUCGUCGGGGGCCGACGCGUCGCUCAAGACGCAAAAGGGUCGGACGGCACUCGACGCGGCGCGCGAGAAGCUGGGCAAGGUGGAGGCGGACGAGAGGCCCCGCUUCAGCAAGGUGGUCGAGCAGCUCUCCGCCGUCGCCGCCUCCGACCUUGCGACCGCAUCGCCUGCCACUGCCGCCACUCCCACGGCACCGGCGGCGCCGGCUGCCGCGCCCGCGUUGGCGGGGCUCGCGACCUUCAGCUUUGCCGCGCCCACCAAGUUCGAGCGCUCGCCGAGCGGCACGACAGACGUGCCCAGCUUCAGCUUCACUCCGUCCGCUCCGGCGCCAGCGCCGGCGGCCUCCUCGGGCUUUGCAUUUGGGAAAGCGUCCGCCCUCGGCAGCGGCCCUGCCCUGCCCCCAAGCCCAGCGACGCCCUUCGGUGCGGUCUCCGCGGGACCACCCGCUACGGCAGACUUGCGAAGCCAG